AUGAGACGUCCUCCUUUUGACUACGCACCAAGACAUUAUUAUCAGGCAAAAUAUUCGAGUAAAAAUAUACCCAUAUUUGAAAAAUCAGGGUUAUUAGAUGAGUGUGAAAUUGUUAAUGGGAUCCAAUUGAAAUAUUCCGAACCAGCUGAUGCAAUUUCUCCAAAACAAUACUUUAACACUCACCAUAUUCCAUUACAUAAGAGACCAAUUUUGAAGGCAAAAUUAUAUCGUAAAGCAUCUGCCUUCCCAAUCAAAGAAUUUAAUCUUGAAACCAAAAGUUCCUAUCUUAUUGGUCGUAUUAGUAUUAAUAAGACCUCCAAUGGUAUUUACUCUUCAAGAAAUAGUAUUUUAGAUAUAGGUAUACCUGAUAGAAGUUACUCUAAACAACACUGUGUAAUACAAUUUAGAGAAAUAAAAGGUAGACUUUGUGCUUAUAUCAUGGAUUUAGAAUCUGUCAAUGGUACAUCAUUGAAUGGUAUUUCUAUUCCUACUAGAAGGUAUGUGGAACUUUCAAAUAAUGAUACCAUAUCAUAUCAAAUAGAAAAUGAUAUAAGUGCCGAUUAUGAGGUUCUAUUUCAGCAAGGCUAA